AUGCAAGCUCGACAAGAAACAAGAGUUCACAAGCUCGAGCAGGGGGUCAAGCAAGUAUUUGCAGCGGCCCUUGAUAGAGCAGAGGGCAAGAUUACCUCAAAGCAAUUGAAAAGAACGGCCGACAGGGCUACGUGGACUACCACUCGCCUUCUUGAUGAUUACUUUAUACCUGCACGGGAUGUGAAACUCAAGGAUGUCGAUGCUCUCUUUACUGAGACCGGGAACCCUGGACAUCGCUUUCUAGCCGGGCCCUCACUGGUGUGGAUGAAGACUCGUCACUAUAUCCCUCUUACUCGGACAUUUGAGAGAUUAUUGAAUGCCAUUCGCCUCCAUGAACCUAACAAUAUAACAACCCGCAGAACCCGGCUAGAUGUUCUUCUCAAGCAUGUUCUUAUCAGAGUAAAUGAAGCGAUCAGUAACUCACUUACCCUUCAAUCUGAUCUUGAAUUCAUCUUUGGGGGUGAGCCACGGGCAGGUAAAGAUUAUGGCAUUUACGGGGUUCCCUAUUAUAGUCUGUGGUACGGUCCGGUCGAGGACUUUUCGACAAAUUUCAUCGUCGUGCACACUGAGACACCAGGGUAUUUUGAUGAGGCAACCGUACAUGCAUUUAUGGGCAUGGUCCACAAGGCACGUAGGUGCCAGGGCGAAAAGGAGUGUACAGUAUACGGGCUAGCUACUGACUCGAAGGAUUUCUGGUUCUACCAAGUCAAUAACGAGGGCAUGUGGAGCCAUACAUAUCUUGAGCCAGCACGCGAGUACUUCUAUGAAGACAUCGGCUGCCUUCUCGCCUUUAUCUUCCGUGAAGCUCAUAAGUCAUCGCAAAAGAGCACGAAGAGGAAAAAGCCUGCCAAAUAUUCCUUUUCCCAAUUGAAAAUUAGGCAGUUGCCCCACCCAGACACGCAUGAAGAUUCUUACGAACGUCUACGAGGUCUAUCUCCAGAGGGGCUUGACACUUGGAUCAAUUGA